CUCCCCCAACCUCUUUCCAAAGCCCGGGGGGCUUGCAAUGAGACUAUAGACCCGUUGCACAGUGCUGCUGGAUCUGACAGCAGCAGGGAGGCAAAUUCAGCGAUCGACUGAUGAUGAUGCGACACGCCCAGAAUAAAUACGGAAUCGUCUCAGCAUGGCAGCAUGGCAGCGAUUGGGCAACAUAGGUAGACCCUCAGCAUCCCCAUGGAGUAUUCGCUCGGUUGUUCCGGAUCAGACUGGGGACCGACUGGGUUGGGAAAUGCAGCUUUGGUCGACUAUUUUUCUUAUGGCUGCACUUAAAGUUCCCCCGUGGUUGCUUUUUUUCCCAUGGCGCUCUCGUCUGAGGGAAAAGUUGGCUGUGGGGAGACGCAGCCGCGGCCGACUAACCUAUAGGACUAGUGACGCCCAUCCCCGCAUGAAGGACUGCGAUCCCCAUCCCUUUGACGCUGAGUGGGAGGCCUGCCAUCAUCAUACCGGGCAUGCAGCUGAUCCCCGAGCAAAUAGGCAGGGAGGGCGACGAGGAGGGGUGAUACAGCCAGUGACCCUCGGAUUCUUAGCGUCCAGUACAGUUUUUCUCCGGCAUGUCACUUGCCAGUGCCCGGAGCUGCGACGGAGUGCCAGCAGCGGCCUGAUGUUGCUGAAGUCAUUCACUACGGAGAAGAGGAAGAAGGAGGAGACAUGAGAGGACUGUGCUGUCUGCCUGGGAUGGGUUACUGCCCGGACUCCCCCGGACUGUGUACCCAGUUACACCGUACCACAUGCCUGU